GAAAUGCCCAAAGAUGAACUACCAAACCACAACUGUACCAAACACCUUCGCACUGUGGUACUUCAACAACAGGGGAAAAUUGCAGAGCUGGAGAAAGCUUCAGCAGAGCAUAAACAUCAGCUGGCAGAGCAGGUUGCUUCUGUCCUGUGUUUCUACUCCUUUGAAGAGCGCACUUUGUGGACCUGAACAUGAUGAAUUGUGAACUAUUAGCAACGUGCAGUGCCUUGGGGUACCUGGAAGGAGACAACUAUCACAAAGAGCCUGAUUGUUUAGAGAGCAUCAAGGACCUAAUCAGGUACCUAAGACAUGAAGAUGAGACACGAGACAUUCGGCAGCAGCUAGGAGCUGCACAGAUUCUGCAGAAUGACUUGCUACCCAUUAUCGCACAGUACCCUCAGGAGAAGUUGCUCUAUGAAGCAGUUAUUAGAUUGUUGGUUAAUCUAACACAGCCAGCACUUCUGUGUUUUGGGAAGGUUCCUGACAACCCUACCUUCAGACAUCACUUUAUGCAAACGGUUUCGUAUCUGCAGGGGUACAAAGAGGCUUUUGCAGAUGAAAAGGUGUUUGGAGUGCUCAGUGAAAAACUCUAUGAUCUUUUGCAGCUGGAUUGGGAGCAGAGGCAGGAGGAAGAUAAUCUACUGAUUGAAAGGAUCCUGUUGCUGGUUCGAAAUGUUCUGCAUGUACCCUAUGAUCCUGAGGAAGAGAAGAAGAAUAUUGAUGAUGAUGCCAAUGUACACGACAAGGUCUUAUGGGCGAUGCACAUGAGUGGGAUGGAUGAUCUGAUUAAGUUUCUAGCUACUUCCCAGGAGGAGCAACAGUGGGCCAUGCACAUAUUGGAAAUAAUCUCCCUCAUGUUCAGAGAUCAGAAACCUGACCAACUCGCUACUACAGGGCAAGCGAAAACUGUGAAGGAGAAAGAGAAUGAGUCCAGAGAGCUUGAAAUCUUAAAGCAGAGAGAGCUGGCUGCGAAGAAGAAAAGAACUUUUGAAAGAGGGACCAGGCAUUCUCGUUUUGGUGGGACAUACCUCAUACAAGGCUUGAAGUCGAUUGCAGACAGAGAUGUUGUUUGCCACAUGGGAGUACACAAAUUGAAAAAUUACAGCCAUGACAGUGGCAAGAAGAUUAACAGAGUGCCAAAAAGGAAACAAGCAGCAAAAGAGGUGGAGGGCAAACGGCGCUCUGCUCUGAAUGUCCGGCUGUUCCUGAAGGAAUUCUGUGUUGAUUUCUUGGAGAACUGUUACAACCGGCUCAUGUAUGUGGUAAAGGACAACCUUAUUCGUGAGAAGGCGCAGCAGUUUGAUGAAACCUACUACCUCUGGGCCAUGCCAUUCUUUAUGGAGUUCAACCGGGUGUACAGGUUCCGCCCUGAACUUGUAUCGGAGACGGUCAGCAUUCGAGCAUUUCACUUUGUGGAGCGCAAUAUCACUAACUACUAUGAGAUGAUGCUGACUGACAAGGCAGCGGCCAGUUCCUGGUCAAGACGAAUGCACCUAGCACUGAAAGCUUACCAAGAACUGCUGAAUACAAUCAAUGAAAUGGACCACUCUAAGGAUGGAAAUCUGAGAGAGAGUUCCAGAGUUAUCAAAUGUAAUAUCUUCUAUGUUAUGGAAUUUCGGGAGUUAUUCUUAACAUUAUUCCGAAAAUACGAUGCAACCAAGCAACCCAAGUCAUUCCUGAAGGACCUCAUUGAAACUACCCAUCUUUUCAUCCGGAUGAUUGAGAAAUUCUGUAAAGGCCAAAACAACCUUUUUGUGCAGAAAAAGAAAGUCAAAAGGAAGAAGCCAAAAGCAAAACAGCUUGCUUCAACUUCAACAGAAAAAUCCCAAGAAGAACUUGAGGAAAUGUGGAAACUGACAUUGGAGCAGCUCGGCAAGUAUACAGAGGACCAAGAGCCUCUCCCUGACGAUGUUGUUCCAUUUGAUGCUGCUUUGGAAAUCCCUGUGGAGGAGCAGCGUGCUGAAGCAAUGAUUCGUAUUCAGGAUGCACUCCUGGCUGGCAAAGCUGCAGAGGCCCUUGUGCUUCUCCGAGCUGCACGGGAAGUGUGGCCUGAAGGUGAUGUUUUUGGUUCUUCUGACUUGCGGCUUGAGGAUGAGUCCCAGUUGCUCAGACAGUUAUUGUUUGCGAAGUUACCGAGGCAGCCUGCUGUAGAGGCCGUAGAAACUGAUGAAUUCCGAGAUGAAGAAAUAGAAGAGGAGGAAACCGAAUCCGUGAGAGUUAGAGAAAGUGAAUUUAACUUUCUGGAUUAUCUCAAGAGGUUUGCUAAUGCUGGUGUUGUGAAACCUUACAUCCUCCUGCUGAAGGACUACCGGCAGAACAGUAUUCACACCAACCACUGCAUUGUAAAGAUGCUCUAUCGGGUAGCAUAUCAUUUGAAAAUGGAUACUCUUCUUUAUCAGCUGUCAGUAUUCUACUUAUUCAAUCACAUUCUGGAAGAUCCAGCAGCCAGCUCGUACCAAGAGCUGGUGAAAUUCUGCAAAUAUGUCCUGAACAGAUUCUUUACCUUAGCUGCUAAGAAUGGCAAGGCUUAUGUGGAACUGCUGUUCUGGAAAAAUAUUGCAACCAUUCGCGAAAUGACUGAGGGCUACAGGAAGGAUGAUCAAAGUGGAGAAAGCAAGAGGGCUCCAACUUGGUCAUCAGAGGAAGAGGAGGAGCUUGAAACACUGUAUCUAAGAUUCAAAGAGGAAGAAGGAGAUAAAGAUGUCAUUGACAAUAUCAUGGAACACAUUAAAAAUGACUUGAGAACCAGGAAGCAGAUUGCUGCAAAACUCGUUCAGAUGAACCUGGUGGACAGUGUAAGAGAUUUAAAACGUGCCAAGAAGGGAACUAAAAUUGUGCUUUGGAGAGAGGAGCAGGAGAUGGAGCUUGAGACACUGUUUGUCAAGUUCAGGGGAUCAGAUGAUGUCCUUGGUAAUAUCAUGAAAAACAUAACCUGCAAGCGAUCCAGACCUAGGGUUAUUGAUAAGCUGAUCAGUAUGGGCCUUGUUUCUGAUAGAAAGGAACUCUACAAGAAGCGGAGGAAACUAACAAAAGCAGCAAAUCAGGAGGAAGAGGAGGACUUCCUAAAUGAUCUGGGCUAUGAUGCUGUUCAGGGGUCGUCUGAGGUGGAGGAUGAACUCGAUGAAGAUGACAGCAGUGAGGAUGAGAGGGGAGAGCUGAUGAUUAAACCUACAUCAAGAUAUGCUGCAAAAGGAGAUGGACAAAAGAUGGGCGAGAGUGAACCUGACCCAGCAAUCCCGGGUCUGUGCUGCAAACUUCAGCAACAAGGUCUGUCAGGCCCUCUUCUGUGGCUGCAGAACUGCCUCAACAGAACAGCAGACAAGCGAGAAGACGAUGGGACCUCGAUUGCAGUCCCGCUUGUCCCUUUGUCUGAAGAAAAUGAAGAUGCUAUGGAGCAUGAAGUGUUCCAGAAACUUCUGAAGAAAGUUGGAAUUCGGCCUCCUGCUGAUGAACAGGAAUCUUUCUGGCGUAUUUCUGCUAACCUGAAUGUUCAGCAGUUGCGCAAGAUUACUUCAGUUAUUGCCCUGCAGGAUGGUGGAGGAGAGGCAGUGGAACGAGAUGAAGAUGUUAUUGCGGACCAGAGGUCUGAGGUCUUACGAACUCUGGUGAUGGCCAGGGAGAAGAAUGCUACCCUUACUAAAGGUGGCGAUGAUGAAUCUGAAGAGAGAACCAGGCGAGCUCACGAGUCCACCUCUGGAUCAGACAGUGACACCAAAAGUUAUGGUGAGAAGACCAAACCCAAACAUCUGCUAAAGCGGACUCGCCUGCUCGAUAGCGAUGACGAAAUGGACGACAGGGAUGAGGAAACCGUUGAAGUGGAGGCGAUGGAAGACCCCGAUACUGACUCUGAGGGGUCUGACUCCAAGGUCACCCACAGACUGAUUAAAAGGCGGCGUCGAGCAAUUGAUGAUGAUGAUGAGGAGGAUUAACCACAAUGACUUUAGUCUUUUUGAAAUGAUUUUGAACACUGGGUCAAACCAAAGGCUGAACAUCCCUGAAGAUUUGGAAACAAUCAAAUAUAUACCCUACACACACUAUUUCAAACCACCUGUGUGUGCACUCACAUUGUUUUAAAUUAAUUUUUUAAACCCAAUAAAAAGUGAAAUGUAUACAAAGUGAGAAGAAAAUGACGAGAUUGUACAGGUUUCUUGCUCCACAGUCACCUUGCGAAAAUGAAAAGGGAGCACAGUCGAUUUAUGGAGAGACUUCGUAGUUAUCCUGGUUGUAUUGCUUGAUGCAGGUUGACUCCUUAUCCACUUGAAAUGAAUGUGUGUGUGUGUGUUCUAUGAGGGAGAGCGUUUUGUGUUUUCAUGUUCUGACAUUCGCUUCCCCCACACCCCCAAAUGGAUACUAUGGUUACAUGGAGUCAUAGAGUUUUACAGCACGGAAAGAGGCCCUUUGGCCCAUUGUGUCCGUGCUGGUCAUCAAUCCCCUAUCUACUCUAAUCCCAUUUUCCAGCACUUGGCCCGUAGCCCUGUGCGCUACGGCGUUUCAAGUGUUCAUCUAAAUACUUCUUAAAUGUUGUGAGCGUUCCCGCCUCUACCACCUUUUCAGUUAAAUUAGAAAGAGUAGCCAUCAAUAUUCCUUUUUAAGUAUUUACUGUGAAUUUUAACAUAAGAUUUUCUUAUUGUAUAAUUCAGUUUUGUGCAUAUCAUUAUUUGAUUUGACGUCUGGUAUAGUGUUGGUUCCUUCUUUGUCAGUUUGUUUUAAACCUGCUGUUUGUUAACUGGUGGUAAGUUCCAACUUUGUUGCAAUGAAUUUCAGGCAGAUUUUAAUUGCCAACAGAACAUAAACACUUUGUGUGUGUGGCAUGAUUUUUCUUAAAUGUGAUGAGUUUACUUGAACAUCUCCAUGUCAUUCUUCUCCAUGUACUGAAUAGUUGAAUUAAUAAAGUGGGACGGAUCAUA